AUGGAUCCCUUAUUAAUAUUUGAAGAGUUAGAAAAUGAUUUGAAAUUAUUAAUCAUUGAAACUAAAAAAAAAAAUAUAUGCAUAAAAGAUAAAAUUGAAAUAACUACUAUAAAAAUCAAAAAUUACAAAAGUAUAUUAAAAUCUAAUAAAAAUUGCUUGCUAAAUAAUUUUGAAUUUCCUUUGAAUGAAAUUAUAGAAAUUGUAAAUAUAUCAAUUAAUAUUAACAGUCAUAAAAUAAUUUGUAUUUGCUUAUUAAUAAUUCAACGAAUUGUAUUUUAUAUAUUAUAUAUAAUAGACAAUAGAGAAUUAAUAAAAAAUUUUAAAGAAAUAAACAUAGAAAAACAUAUAGAAAUAAUUACAAAUAAAUUAUUUGAUUUAACGUUUAUUGGUGAUACAAAAAUUCUGAUUAAAAUAUUACAAAUAAUUUUAACAGCAUUUUCACCUAAUUAUAUUGAAUAUUAUAACAAAGAUAAUAUUAAUACUUUGUUGAAAAUUUUAUAUUCUAUUUAUUAUUCAUCAUUAUAUGAAAAUAAUCAUAUUUUAUAUAAGACAUGUUGUGCUACUUAUGAGCAACUACUUAAUUCACUUAUAGAUAUAUGCAAUAAAGAAAAUCAAGUUAAUUUAAGGAAAUCUAGUCAUAUAAGUAAGGGAAAAUAUGAUUCAGAAAAAAAAAAAAAAAAAAAUGAUGAGAAUUAUAUAAAUUUUUAUUAUGAAAAUUACGAUUUACAUUAUAAUACAAAUACUCCUAUAGAUCUAAUUUAUAUAAAUGAUUUAAAAAAUAUAAAUAAUGUACAAAAUAAAGACAAAUUAUUAUCAUUAAUUCAUUACUUAUGCUAUUGUUGCUUCAUAAAUAUUCGAUCAAAAUAUAAUUCAGAUAUUAAUUCUUAUGAAAAAAAUAUAUGUAAAGAAAAAGAAAAGAAAAAUUUUAAUAUACCUAAUGAAAAGUUCAAAAGUAAUAAAAAUACAAUCGAUAAUGAUAAUGAUGAAUUCUUAAAUAAUGAACAAAAAGUGAAAGAUAAUUAUAAAUCAAGGAACAUGGAUUCAAAACAAAACUAUGUAGAUAAGAAUUCAGUUAAUAAUUAUUUAUAUCGUAAUUUUACAGAUAAAAAUAAAAAAAAUCCAAAAAAUGAUCAUGUCGUGGAAAAUAUUACUAACAAAGAGAUUUUUUUACAUAGUGAUGAUAAAUGUUCUUUAUAUAACGAAUUACAAAGUAAUUCAAAUAAUGAAGCGUUUUCAAAAAAAAAUGAAUGUUUUAAUGAUUUAGAAGAAAAAAAGAAUAUAUGUAAUGAAGAAAUAUAUAAUAAAGAAAAUCGUAAGAAGGAAGAGAAUAAUAAUAUCAGCAAUAUAAAAAAUUCAAAUAUUAAAAAAUUAUUAAAAAUUUUAAAAAAUACGAACCAUAAAAAUGGAAAUGAGAACUCUAACAGUUUAAAAUUUAAUGAAAAUUUUGAUGCAAAUUCAUCUGAAUCGAAAACAGAAAUAUUGUCAAGCUAUAAUAGAAAUAAUUUAAUACUACCUCUUAAUUUUUGCUUGGAUUUAUUAUACAUAUUUCUCAAUAAUUAUGAAAACUUUUUACAUAACUCUGAAUUUUUUAAAAUACUUAAAUUUGAAAUUAUUUAUAUAAUAUUGAUUUCAUUAAAAAAUGAUUUACAUACAGAUAUUUUUUUCAGAUGCCUAAAAAUUUUUAAAAUUAUAUGUGAUAAAUAUUUUCAGUACUUUUUAGGUGAAAUUAAAUUCAUAUUUCUAACAUUAAUUCAGUAUUUAUGUUUGAAUAAACCGCAUUCAAAAUUAUAUAUUGUUUUAAAUUUUUUUUUUUAUUUGUUUGACAAUACUUUGGUCUUUUAUUUUUUAUAUAAAUAUUUUUUUUAUGAAAAUAAUGAUAAAAACACACUAUCUAAAAAUAAUAGAGAAGAAGAAAAAAGAAACUUAUGCUGUUUUAUGGAUGGAAUAGAUUACAAUUCAAUUUACAAUAAUUUAAAGGAGAAAUCAUUGAAAGUAAAACAUAAGAAUUCUUGUAAUUUAAAAAAUGAUCAUGAAAAUAUCAACCUUUUAAACAAUAAAAAUAAAGAUAAUAAGGAAAUGAAUGAAAACAAUGAAACAAACUGCUCAAUGAAUAAUGAAAAAAUAGAUAGAGAUAUUAAAAAUGAAAAAAUUUAUAACUUAAAAGAGGAAUUUAAUGAAGAAGGUAUCAAUCCUUUUGUACAUGUAAAUUAUGAAAAAAAAAAUACGAAAACAUCAGAUGUUUUGAAUAGUCAAAAAGGAAACAAUGAUAUAAAUGAUCAUUUAUUUACUAAAAUUGUUGAAUAUAUUAGUAAAAUUGUACAUGAACUAUUAUUUUUGCAUUCAAUAGAUAUAACUAAAAUAUACGUUCAUUUAAAAGUAUUUAAAUAUGAUAGAAUAUAUACCAGUGAAAAAAAAAUGGAUCAUAUUAUCGAAAAAAUUAAAACAAAGUUGAACUAUAUAACAAAAGAGAGUAAGAUAGAAAAAAAAGAAAAUGAAACAAAUGUGAAAGAAGAAGAAGGAGAAGAAGAAGAAGAAGAAGAAAAAAAAAAAAAAAAAGCAGACAAAAAGAUACGAGAACAAAAAGCAAAAGAAGAGAAAAAAGAGCAAAAAGAAAUAUCAUUUUUUAAUUUUUUUAGUUAUCCUGUAAUUUUACCAAACAACUCUAUUAAUCCAAGAGAGGAUUUUUAUUUAUGUAAGUUUUCCACAGAAAAAAAAAUAAAUAAAAUUUUAUUUGAUGAUUUAUUUUAUAAAGACGUUGAUGAAAUACGUUUGCUUGCUUCAUCAGUGGAUAAUAUAUUAUCCAUUAUACACUCUUUUUAUAUAAUUUUUUUAAAUAUAUUAAAAAAAUCUCUUAAUCAGUAUUGCUAUGCAACAAUAGAUUUAAAUGAUGAAAAAAAUUUGCAUUCGUUAAAUACACAUAUUUAUAACAGAAAUAAUUCUUAUAGUAAAAAAUCUAAUACAGCAAUAGAAAAAAAAAAUAGUAACAAGUAUAAUUUUAAAGAUAGAUCAAUAAAAACUUUAUCAUAUAGAAAUACAAAUGAAGAUAAUUUAAGAUUUAAUCGUAAAUUAAUAAGAAAAAUAGAAAAUCAUGAUAAUUUUGUAGAAAAUUCGACUAUAAAUUCUCAUAACCAUAGAGGGAAGCAAGCAAAUAACAUUAGUCAUAUCUCAAAAAAUGAAAACCAUUGCAAUGGAGAAGAUAUAUAUGAUAGUCAAGUUAAUAACAACAAAAAGGAUCUUUAUAAAUGUGAUAAUAAAAAUAGAGAUGAUUAUUAUGAUGAACAUAAAUCACUAUUUUUUCUCGUAUUUAAUUCUUCUUGUAGGUAUUUUAUUUCUUCUUUAUGUUUAAUUUUUUCAUACACAAAUAAGUUAGAUUUAUGCUUCUUUAAUGGAUUUCAAAAAUUAAUUUUUAUCAGCACUUAUUUAAAAAUAAAUAUAUGUACUGAUGCUAUUUUGCAGACUCUAACAAAAUGUAGUAGCAUAUUUACUCUUGAAAAUUCUCCUUUCUUUUUAAAAAUUCUAAAAAAUUAUGAAAAACAAGAAAAUAAAAAUGAUAAUAAUAUGCAUUCAAAGAAAAAUAAAACAGGAAGCAAAACUAAUUUUAAAAUAACAAAUUUAUAUUCCUCUAGUGGGAAUAAAGCUAUUUCUUUCAAAAAUAAAGAAAAUGAUUCUAACAAUAAAAAUCAAAUUAGUAGAAGUCUUCAUCAAAAAGUUAUUCCUGAUAUUUGUAUGUAUAAAUUAAAAAAAGAAAGUAUUAAUGAUAAUUCUGAUAAAUUAAAAAUUAUAAAGGAUCAUAAUUUGAAGGGUAAGGAUAAAUAUAUAAUUAGUGACGUUUUAAAUAACUCUGAUAAAAAAGAAUUUGAAAAUACUCAAGAAGCAGAAGUUAAUUCGAAUGAAAAAAUAAACUUGGAUCAUAAAAAGAAAGAAGCUUAUGAAGAUAAAAAUAAGGAGGAAGAUAUCUUAAAAAAUGAGUUAAAAGAAAAGUUUGUUGAUCAUAAUAAAAUUAGUGCAAAUCUAAAAAAGAAUGAUUUUAAUUUAAAAAAAAUAAAAAAAAAUGAUAUUGUUAACAAUGUUUAUGAACUAAAUGAAAUAAAUAAAAAAAAAAUUAAAAAGAAAAAAGGGUAUGGAAGUGAUAAUAGCUUGAUAAAAGAAAGUUUUUCUAAAAGGUUGAGUAUAGAAAGUUUUGAAUCAAAUUUUAUUUCUUAUAAAUCACAACUAAAUGAAGACCUAUUAAACUAUUUUGAUGAAAUAAUUAAUAGAAUUUUAAAAGAAUCGUAUUAUAUAAGUAAUGAUUUAAAUAAUUUAAAAUAUAUUUUAUCUAUAAAAGCAAUCAUUAGCAUAUUUUAUAUAUAUGGAGAUAAUUUGGAUUUUAAUAACUGGUUAAAAGUGAUGAAUUUAUUUGUUGAAAUUAAUUAUAUUUAUAAAUAUAUAGCAUCAAUAGAGAAUAAAAAAAUUGAGUUUUUAAAUUUUUUUCACCAUAUUAAUAAGAAUGAGGAAGAAUUUGUAUUCUCCUUAAGUAAAAAUUUAGUUAAUUCUGAUAAAAAUAAUUUAAUACAAAAUGUUGAUUCUAAAAGCAUUGAAUUUUGUUAUUUUAUUUUAAGAUUUAUACAGAAGAAUCCAGUAUUAUGUGCUGAAAUAACUGUAAUAUUUUCCUCAUUUUCCUAUUUUUUUAAAAAUACUGUUUUUUAUAACAUCUUCACGUUAAUUAACAUAAUUAAUUCAAUUCAUUUUAUGAUAUUUAAUCAGUUUUUUAAACAGAAAAUAUUAAUACACAAAGAAUGGGACAAUGUAUAUGAUGAGAGUAAUAACGAAAAAUAUGAUAACUUUUCAUCCCUUCUUUAUAGAGACAAAAAAAAAGAGUUAAAUAAAAAUAUAACAAAAAAUAAUAAUAAUGGAUUUUCAAAUAAUGAUGAUAUUAAUGACUUCACUGAUUUUUGUGAUAGAAAUAAUAGAAAAAAAAAAAAAAAAUAUAUGUUUAUAAAGAGCAAAAGCUUGCAUUUUACCGAAUUAAGAAAAUAUAAUUUUAAUGAAAUAAAUAAAAAAAAGAAUGUAAUAAUUGAAAAAUAUAUUGAUUUUAUAUAUAGGAAUAAAGAUAUCUUUGAAAUUUUUUACUUUUACUUGUCAUAUUUUGACCCAACAUAUCUUUCUUAUUUCACUUUUUAUAGUAAUAUUUAUUUUUUAAAAAAAGAUAGGAAAAUUAAUAAUGAAAGAAAAGUUAGAUCAUUAGAAUAUAUAAAUUUUAAAGAUUACGAAACGCAAAGCGAUAUGGAUAAUUUAAGAGGUUGUUUAAAAUAUAAUAAUAGUAGUAAUAAAAGAAGGAAAAAGCAUGAAUAUAUUGUACUAAAGAAAUUAGAAAAAUGUUGUAUUUUUGAAGAUUUUUAUCCGUUAUAUAUGUUGGAAAUGUUAUGCGUAAUUAAUAUUACUAGAAUCGAGUAUAUUUAUAACAAUUGCUGUAUUAAUAUUUUAUUACUAUCAUUAUGUAAAAAUAAUGAUAUUCAAAAAAAAAGUAUUGACACAUUAUUUAAUAUUAUAAAAGAAUCUGUAAUACACUACAAACACAAUUUUUUUAUGCAAUUUCAAUUAUUUAAACCUUUUUUUUUUUUUAUAGUAAAUCCCUAUGCUUCAUAUCGUUCAUAUUUUAUUACAUCAUUUUUAAAUUUCAUAAGAAAAAACGCAUCAUUUUUUGACAAACAUAUAUGGCUCUUUAUUAUUUUUCUUUUACAUGUAUCUUUUAAAAAGGAAUUGAAAGAAAAAGACUUAAAAAAAAAAUCUGAUGCAGAUAUUAACCAAAUUAUGGAUAUAAGUAUAUCAAAUAUUAAUAAUAUUUUUAAUAUUUUAGAAAUAAUAAUAGUAGAUUAUAUUGAAGAUAUCCCUAUAUGUAAAAUAAUGGAAGUAAUAAUUCAUAUGCUUAUAUUAUUUUCUUCCUUAAAUUUCUUAAGUAACAACACAUCAUUUAGAGCCAUUAAUUUUUCCUGGUCUAUUGUUGAUUAUAUUAUUAAUUGUUCAGAUUUACUGAGAGAAAAUACAAACGAUAACAAAAAAUCUGGUGAUGAAAAUAUAAAUGAUAAUAAAAAAUUUAAUGAAGAAAAUAAAAAUGAUGAAACGAACAUGAAAAAGGAAAAUAUAUUAUUGCAUGUUUGCCUAAUAGAAAAUAAAAAAAUAUAUAUAUGUGAUAACGAAAUUAAAAUGAAAAAUAUAAAAAUGAAAAGUUUUUUCAUUUUUAUUUUAAAUCAAUUAAUGAAGCUGUGUUUUGAUGAAAGGAUAGAAGUUAGAAACUGCAGUAUCAAAACAAUUAUGAGCAUUUUGUCCACGCAUAUAUGUAAAUUUGAUUUCUUUUUUUAUAAAACAUCCAUAUGUAUGUUGUUAAAAAAACUUAGCAUUAAAUUCUUUUAUAAAUUACAAGAAUAUUUUGAAUUAGAAAAAAACCAAGAGUUACCUAUAGAUAAAAAUGAAAAAAAUACUGAUAAAUUUUUACAGAAUAGUCAAUUUUACAUUAAAAAUAAUAUUUUUGAUAUUCAGAAUAAUAAUGAAAUAUUUAUGGAAAAAGAUAAAUUAAAUGAAAAUAAAGAGAAUAAAAAUGGUAUUAUAAAAAUAAACGAAAAUAGUUCUAAAAAAAUAAAUGAUGAUUUGAUAAAAAAUAAAAAUGUGAAUAAUGACAUUCAUGACGUGAAUCUAAAAACUACUACUAUUGAUAAGAAGAAAAAUAUUAGUAAUAUGCUUAAGGAAGAAUUUAGGAUGAGUUUCAUAAACUUAACUGAAGAAAAGAAAAAAUAUAUUACAAAAAGAAAAAAGAAAAAAAAUAGAAAAAGGAAUAAUUUAUUUGAAGAAAUAGACAACAAUUUAACUUUUUCUAAUAAAAAUGCUGGUAACUUUUUAGAAGGAAAGAAUUACGAUUUAUAUGAUUAUGUUAAUGAAAAUUUUAAUAAAAUUAUUAUUCAUCAUUCAAGAGAUAGUAAACUAAAACAGUGGAUAGAAAGCUUUAUUUUAAUAAUAGAAGGUUGCAAUCGUAUUUUAGAAGAGCAAAAAAAUUAUAAAAAAAUAUACUAUUUUUAUGAUACUUUUGUAAAUAUAUUGAAAAAGGUAUUAUUUAUUGAGUAUAAUAGCAAACACAUGUUUGAAUUACACAUAUCUAUAUUGCAAAUACUAAAUAAUAUAUUUAUAUCGAAAAUUUCAUGUUAUAAUGCAUGUUACUUCAAUAUGAAGAAUUCAUUAGCAAAUAAAAGGUGUAUAGAUUGUAUAAACAUAUUUGAUAAAUCGUUUUUUUUAAUAUAUGAUUAUGUUUAUUCACUUAAAGAUACGAAAAUUAAAGAAUUUAUAGUAAAGCUAAUUAUAGAAAAUUUUAAAAUUAUAAAUUCUGACAAAUGGAUAUAUUUUAAUACUUUAAUGUAUCUACAUAUGUUUCAUUUAUUAUUUUGUAAUGGAGAAAUCAUAUUAGAAAAGAAAGAAAAAAAAAACUAUUUAUUUUUAAAUUAUGAUUCUGUAUUAAAUAAAUUAUAUUUUGAUUACUUUAUUAGCAAUUCUAGUUAUUUAAAUAAUGAAAUUGAGAAAACUCUUAAAAAAACGGGUGAAAAUAAUGAUUCUACGAAAAAUAUUUUAAUUGAUAAAGAAAUAGAUAAGCAUAAUAAAGUUCAUAUUUUUGGUAAAACAGAAGAAAAAGUUAUCGAAAAAAAGGAAGAAAAAAAUGUUGAGAAAAUAGAAAAUGAAAACACUAUGGAAAAAAAAAAAUUUAAAAAUUAUUUUACUUUUGAAUAUAAGGCAAAUAGUAAUUCAUACGAUCCAUAUAACAUUCAUAAUUUUUUUGAAAAUAAUAAAAACAAAUAUAAUAUAAAUAGUAUUUAUGAAAAUUUUGAAAGCAAAAAUAUUUAUAAAUCAUAUUUAAAUAAUGACAUAGAUAGUGACAAAUUUAUAAUAACAAAAAUCAUAUUUCAAACACUUGAGUAUGAUCAUAUAAACUUAUUAAUAAAUGAAGAACUUCUCGGCUCUAUCAAACUUUUAUUGUAUCACUUAUCUGUAAAUGAAGAAGAAAUGUCUAUUUAUAUGAGAUUAGUAAAUUUUCUUUUUAAUGAUAGAAUUUUUUUUAAUGAAAAUUGUGAUGAAAUAAUUGAUAAAAUAAAAUUAAAUGACACAUAUAAUAAGUUGGAAAUGAAUAUGAACACAAAUGAAGAAAGAGAAGAAAAUAAGGAAUGCAAUAGAUUAUUUACUUUAAACUAUAAAAAACUAUAUCCUUUAAAUAAUUAUAUAGAAAAUUUUCAAAUGUUUAAAAUUAGACUAUUCAUGCAUUUCACUCCUUGUCAUGUAUUUUUUAUACAUAAUAAAUUUAAUUUAUAUCCCAAUUAUAGAAUUAAUUUAAUUUAUUCCAUCAUUUUUUGUAAUUUCAUUAGACAAGGAUAUAGUUUAUUCUAUCAAAAAGAAAAUAAUUAUCUUCUAAUAUCUUUAAUAAAUAUGUUUCCAUAUAUAAUAGCAACUCAUUUAAAAUGUUUUUUAAAUAAUUUAAAUAACAAUUCAUGUUUUGUCUUUUACGAAAGCAUAAUUAUAUUAUUAAAACUAACUUAUAACUUGUUAUUAAAUGUUAACUUUAUUCCAAAGCAUAUUAUAUUUAAAUAUUGGUGUUCUAUUAUUUUUUCUAUUGAACAAAUCCUAUUUGUUGAUUGUAACAAUGAUAAAAUAGACAUGUUAGAUAUUAUGUUGAUUAAGUUUAUAAGAAAUAAUUAUUUAAUAAAAAAUUCUAUAGCCCCUCUAUUUAUAAAAAUAUAUUUAACUAAAAUAAUAAGUGAACUGAAUGAUAAAAAAAGAAGAGCUUUUUCAAGUUGGACAUUACAAAUAUUAUUUGAAGAAUAUGAAAAGAUGACUAAAGAAAAUUAUAAUGAUCAUUUUUAUACUACCUUUAUUACACUAACUAUGUUAAAGAAAUGUGUAAUGACUUUAAAGGUUUUUUCAAGUGAAAAUAAUGAAGAAAAAAAUACUGAUGAAAUUCUAUUCAUUUUAUAUGAAAUGAAAAAAUUAAAAUGCAGUUAUUCCUAUUUUGAUAUAAGUAACCCAAUAUUAAAAGGCUCAGAAGAUAAAGCGCAUCUUUUCAUUUGUUACCCAUACUUGUUAGAUUGUUUAAACACUGAAAAUAAAAAAGUUUUUAUUACUAUUAAAGAAUUAUUAAAACUUAUCUCAUAUCCAUUAUGCUUUAAUAAUAUUUAUUAA